UGGAAACAGUUGACAGUUGGAAAAUAUUGAUGCGUCAAGUAGAAAAUCGCUCAAGUGUUCUAUCCAUUUUUCGAGAAUUCGGAUUCCAAUUUGAGUGAAAUUAUUAGUUUAAAGGGGAAAGAAUAAUGGCAGAAUUCAAGACUCCGAAGAAAUACCAAACUCCGGAGAAACUGCCACCACCAAUCAGAAUUCCACCGUCGCCUUUUCUUCAAGAGUUAGGUUAUGGUUGCGGAGUUCAAGUUUUCACUCUCGAAAGAUCGCCAAAAGUUGGUUGCGUUAGAUCGCCCUGGGCAGUGAAAAAAAGAAAUAAGAGGAUAAACGAUCCGAAAUACAGCGAGAGAAUAAAAGGAGAAGCUUCAAUUCUUCGGAAAUUAAAUCAUCCGAAUGUAAUUGGCUUUAGGGGAUUCGCAAGUGGAUCGAGUGGAGAACCUUGUCUCGUUAUGGAAAAACUCGACGCAUCUCUCGGCGAUAUGAUUGAGGAAAGAGACGGAGAACUUUUUCAAGCGCAUGAGAUUCUCAAAAUUGGAUAUGAAAUCGCCAAGGGUCUCGAAUAUUUACAUCACACCGCACACAUUUUACAUGGCGAUAUAAAAAGUUACAACGUUCUCGUCUCAAGCGACUACAGUAUCGUAAAGUUAUGCGAUUUUGGGGUCUCGGUUUCACUGACGAAAAAUUUGGAAAUGGAUAAAACGAUCGCUGACGCCAGUUACAUCGGCACGGAGUGUUGGACUGCCCCUGAAAUUUUAUCUGAGGAAGGACCAGUGACGAAUAAGGCAGACAUGUGGGCCUAUGGUCUCGUCCUCUACGAAAUGAUCGCGCUUUCUCCACCUCAUGUCGAUUCCUGCGACACAAUGUCAGACGUGAUGAAGGAAAUAAUGAACGAUGAAAAUUCGGACGAAAACGAAGACCCAAAUUUAAGUAUGGACAUGAGUUACAAUUCGGAACUCGAUUUAACUACAAGAGGACCCGGAACGCGACCCCUUUUGCCGGCCUAUUUUCUCGGCAAAGGCUACGAUCAAGUUCUUGAAAUAUUUUCGAUUUGCACCGAGGAGGAAUACACAAAACGACCAAGUGCAAGAGGCGUCGUUGCUUUCUUCAAAACUGCGGUUUAUCCCGCCAAAAAAAAAGUUUAAUUUUUAUUUUCGAUUCAUACAAACUCGUUUUUUAUUUAUCUAGAUUAAAAGUAGAUCGCUAUAAUAAUUAGAAUUAAAAAUAUCACUGCGAGGAUAACAGCCAAUUGGAUUUUUCUCUGAAAAAAAGGAAAUACUUUUUUAAAAAAAAGUCUUUUCAGAUAACUGUUUAGGUGACAUUAUCUGCAAACAAACCUUUCUGAGUCUUUUGCUUUUCCUUUUUGCUAUUUUAAGAUCCUGCCCUCCAGAGUCGAUAUUAUCCACCGUUUUUCCAGCGAAAUAUUCUACGCAGUUUAUUUGCUCGCCCUUAAAUUUAAAAUCGAUUAUCAUCUUUACUUUUUUUUUAUGUAAAUAGGAAAUUAACGAAAAAAGUAUUACUUGUUCUUGAAUUAGAAAUCCGAUAUUGAGAAACACGUCUCGGAUUUCCGUGAUCGAUUUCUCCAGUUUUUUUACUUCACUGUGCCGCGUUUGUAUGUCUGACAAUUGCUGUUUUGUCAGUUGAAUGUCUGCUAAAAUCUGAAAAUCCGUACUUUAGUGAAUAUUCAAAAGAGCUUUUCUUUAAGAAAAAAAACUUACAUUAUCGACAAAAAGACUAGUUUCUUGAGCAUCGAUCAUUUCAUCCAGCUCAGCACUUGUGAUUUGUCUUCUGGCUAGAAGAGAAAAAAAUGUACAGUUGAGAGUAUUAUUUUUGUAAUGUUUUUUUUUUGUGUGACUUACUUAAGAGCCUUUGUUGGUGUAAUAAGGAUGUACAUUUUUCGUGGUAUCUUAAUAAAGAUUCGUUGUAAUCU